CCUGUAAUACAUUUUUUGACACACUAGGAUUGGAGAUAACUUUAACUUGCAAAACCCCAAAACCACAUUUUCACUUUUCACGAAAAAUUAUCCUCCAAGCCUUUGUUCUUAAAAGCCCAUCUUCUUCGUGUUUUCAACAUUUCUCAUCUUCUCCUCGCUCGAUCUCUCAUCGCUCUCCCGAACAUUUUGUCGUGUUUCAUUCCUUCCUCUCCGCAGCUGUAAUCGAUUUUUUCACUAUAUGCUUCCUAUAAAGAGACAAGGUGAAGGCGAGGCUGUUAACGAUCCAGAUUCUGAGAUCCUACUCAAGAAGCAGCGCGACUGUUUCUCCUCCACCAACAGUACUGACGAGCUGAAUAGUAACAGUAAAGGCACUGGAAGUUUGGAGGAACCGACGAUCACAGAAAUGGCGUUUGAUGAUGGGAAACCCAAUGAUAUCGAUGAAGAUCUGCACAGCCGGCAGCUUGCAGUGUAUGGGCGAGAGACUAUGCGGCGGCUCUUCGCAUCCAAUGUUCUUGUGUCUGGAAUGCAGGGCCUUGGGGCUGAGAUUGGUGGGAUUGUUGAAAGAGCGGAUUAUAUUCCGUUUGGACUUGUUCUGCUUGCAUUUGUCCUGUUACCGGUUGAGCCUCUAAUUCAAUUUUUGUUGGACUUUGGGUUACAGCUUCUCUUGGCGAAGAACCUUAUUCUUGCCGGCGUGAAGUCUGUGACACUGCAUGAUGAAGGCACAGUUGAACUUUGGGAUUUAUCCAGUAACUUUGUUUUCUCGGAAAAGGAUUUGGGUAAGAACAGGGCACUCGCUUCCAUUCAGAAGCUACAAGAACUCAAUAAUGCUGUGGCUAUCUCCACUUUGACUACAAAAUUGAGUGUAGAACAACUUUCUGAUUUCCAGGCUGUGGUAUUUACUGACAUCGAUUUAAAGCGUGCCAUUGAGUUCAAUGAAUUCUGCCACAAUCAUCAGCCUCCUAUUGCAUUCAUCAAGACAGAAGUGAGAGGCCUUUUUGGUAGUGUCUUCUGUGAUUUUGGACCUGAGUUCACUGUCUUUGAUGUCGAUGGUGAGGAACCCCAUACAGGUAUUAUUGCAUCCAUUAGCAAUGAUAACCCUUCUCUUGUGGGAUGCGUGGAUGAUGAAAGACUGGAGUUCCAGGAUGGCGACUUAGUCGUGUUCUCUGAAAUUCGAGGAAUGACUGAACUCAAUGAUGGAAAGACAAGAAAAAUAAAAAAUGCUCGUCCUUAUUCCUUCACUCUUGAGGAAGAUACAACUAAUUUUGGUAGGUAUGAAAGAGGUGGUAUUGUGACUCAGGUAAAGCAGCCUAAGGUUUUGAACUUUAAGCCACUGAAGGAAGCAAUCAAAGAUCCUGGUGAUUUCCUUCUUUCCGAUUUCUCCAAGUUUGACAGGCCGCCUCUCUUGCAUUUGGCGUUCCAAGCACUAGAUAACUUUGUGUCUGAAAUGGGACGUUUCCCAGUUGCUGGUUCUGAAGAGGAUGCUCAAAGGUUGAUAUCAGUAACCAGUGAUAUGAAUGAGAGCUUAGGUGAUGGGAAACUGGAUAUCAAUCCAAAACUCCUGCGACACUUUGCUUUUGGUGCCCGAGCUGUGCUGAAUCCUAUGGCUGCCAUGUUUGGUGGCAUUGUGGGGCAGGAGGUUGUGAAAGCAUGCUCUGGAAAGUUCCAUCCCCUAUUUCAGUUGGGUACCAUAUUUGCUGGGAAAAGGGAUCAAAUUGCUAGGAUUGUUUCUUUCCUGGAUGCUCAUGGAACGUAUCUGAUUUGUAUGUGGCCACAUUUAUGGCUGAAGUUCUUCUACUUUGACUCCAUAGAAUCGCUUCCUACUGAGAUAUCAGACCCCAGUGAUUUCAGACCUUUAAAUAGCCGUUACGAUGCCCAGAUUUCAGUCUUUGGGUCUAAGCUUCAAAAGAAACUUGAAGAUGCAAAGGUUUUUGUUGUUGGAUCUGGUGCCCUUGGCUGUGAGUUUCUGAAAAAUCUAGCUCUUAUGGGAGUUUCAUGCGGUAAACAAGGGAAAUUAACCAUCACUGACGAUGAUGUAAUCGAAAAGAGUAACCUCAGCAGGCAAUUCCUCUUUCGAGACUGGAACAUUGGGCAGCCGAAAUCCACUGUUGCUGCUUCUGCUGCUUUAUCAAUAAACCCUCAUUUCCACAUCGAAGCUUUGCAGAAUCGGGUGGGCCCCGAGACAGAGACUGUUUUCGAUGAUGCCUUCUGGGAGAAUCUCAGUGUUGUGAUCAAUGCCCUCGACAAUGUAAAUGCAAGGCUUUAUGUCGACCAAAGAUGCUUGUACUUCCAAAAACCCCUUCUCGAAUCUGGAACGUUAGGUGCCAAGUGCAAUACCCAAAUGGUCAUACCUCAUCUAACAGAAAAUUACGGUGCUUCUCGAGACCCCCCUGAGAAACAAGCACCGAUGUGUACUGUCCACUCCUUCCCUCACAAUAUCGAUCAUUGCUUGACGUGGGCCCGAUCAGAGUUUGAGGGCUUGCUCGAAAAAACACCUGCUGAAGUAAAUGCCUAUCUUUCUAAUCCUGUUGAAUAUGCAUCUGCUAUGAGAAACGCUGGGGAUGCUCAAGCUCGAGACAACCUGGAACGCGUAAUUGAGUGCCUUGACAGGGAGCGAUGCGAAUCAUUCCAAGAUUGCAUUACGUGGGCUCGCUUAAAGUUUGAGGAUUAUUUUGCAAACCGGGUGAAGCAGUUGACAUUCACCUUCCCGGAAGAUGCUGCAACCAGUACUGGUGCACCUUUCUGGUCAGCCCCGAAGCGUUUUCCUCGUCCACUGCAAUUCUCUAACACCGAUCCUAGCCAUCUUCAUUUUGUUAUGGCUGGGUCUAUUUUGCGGGCCGAGACAUUUGGCAUUCCCGUACCUGACUGGGCAAAGAGCCCUAUGAAACUAGCUGAGGCUGUUGAUAAUGUCAUUGUACCUGAUUUCCAACCGAAAAAAGAUGUCAAAAUUGUUACUGAUGAAAAAGCUACUAGUCUUGCUACUUCUUCUAUGGAUGAUGCCGCUGUUAUUGACGAAUUAAUUGCGAAGCUGGAAAAAUGUAGGGAGACUUUGGCAGCAAAGUUCAUGAUGAAACCAAUUCAGUUUGAAAAGGAUGACGACACAAACUACCACAUGGACCUAAUAUCCGCACUCGCCAACAUGCGCGCCCGAAACUACAGCAUCCCCGAAGUCGACAAGCUGAAAGCCAAAUUCAUAGCCGGACGCAUCAUCCCCGCAAUCGCCACCUCCACAGCCAUGGCCACCGGCCUCGUCUGCCUCGAGCUCUACAAAGCCAUCGACAAUAACCACAAGGUCGAAGACUAUCGCAACACGUUCGCCAACCUGGCACUCCCGCUUUUCUCUAUGGCCGAACCCGUGCCCCCAAAGCUCUUCAAGCACCGCGACAUGAGCUGGACCGUGUGGGACCGUUGGAUCGUCCGGGAAAACCCGACUCUCCGUGAGCUUCUCCGGUGGCUGGCCGAUAAGGGCCUGAAUGCGUACAGCAUCUCGUUCGGGAGCUGUCUUUUGUACAACAGCAUGUUCCCCCGCCACAGGGAGCGCAUGGACCGGAAAGUUGCUGAGCUGGCGAGGGAUGUGGCGAAGGUGGAGCUGCCGCGGGGCCGUGGCCACCUGGACGUGGUGGUGGCGUGCGAGGACGAGGAUGAUAACGAUAUUGAUAUUCCUCAGGUUUCGGUUUACUUUCGUUGAGUGAUGAUGUGUCCUUUUUUUUUUUU